GAGAAAGUGGUCAUGUAAUUUCUGGCGAAGGAAAAAAGCAAGAACUUCACGAGACCUGUUGGCGAUGAUGAAUUACUCAAAGGCGCAAAUGUCCAACUUAUCAGAGGUUGGAAGUUCAGCUGGGUGUUCACAGUCCCUUCCAGCUGGUGUGAAGCUGGAGGUGGUGAUGGAGCAUCUGCAGAAACAACAAGAAGCAAAGCUGGAGAUGAGCCUGCAGGAGAAGCAGCUUCUUCACGCUCAGCUCCUGUUUGCUCAACAAGCUGCCGCAGCAAGAGCCUCAGCCUCAAGACCAGACUCUACAUUGUUUGAAAGAAUAGAUGGACAGAGCAAUCCAGCACUCCAGCAGGCCUUGAAUAAUCAUCUGAGCGGAGUGGAUCCAGAGGCAGAGGAGGAUGGAAACUCAGAAGAUGAGGAAAAGGAGAUGUUGUUCUCCUCUCAGGAGAACAACGAGGAGGAAGACAUGGAUGAGGAAGAGGAUGAGGGGGAGGAGGAGGAGGAGGAGAACAAUUCUCAUCAACAGGCGAAGAAGCCCCGACUCCAGCAUGUAUCACAUUUUCCCUUCCAGCCUUACUCUACAUCUCCAUCAGCGGCUGUGAAGCAAACGUCUGAAUCUCCACCUUCAGGAAAAAAACAAGAGCACACUGAGAAGAAUCUGACGUCACCAGCGGGUCAUCAUGCCUUCACGUCAGCGAAUGGCUUUGUUGACUGGGGCUUUGAUGAGUCAGUGAAACGGAGAGGAAGUGCCAUGUGGGCCGAGGAGACUGACGGCAUUAAAAUAAGAGGAGAACCAUCUCGGGACUUUGCCAAGCUUUAUGAACUGGAUAAUGACCCACAACGGAAGGAGUUUCUCGACGAACUCUUCGUCUUUAUGCAGAAACGAGGAACUCCUGUGAAUCGCAUCCCCAUCAUGGCAAAACAGGUGCUGGACUUGUACAAGCUUUACAAGCUUGUGACAGAGAAAGGAGGCCUGGUGGAGGUUAUUAACAAGAAGAUCUGGAGGGAGAUCACCAAAGGCCUCAGUCUCCCCACAUCAAUCACCAGUGCGGCCUUCACCUUACGCACCCAGUAUAUGAAGUAUCUGUAUCCUUUUGAGUGCGAGAAGAAAGGCCUGAGCUCUCCAGGUGAGCUACAGGCGGCCAUUGAUAGCAACCGCAGAGAAGGCCGGCGUCCCAGCUACACCAGUAGUCUGUACCGCUACUCCCCCUCCCCAGGCUCUGCUCCACAUGCACUCCUGUCUUCACCCAAUAUGCAGAGCGCUCCGACCACGCACAAUGGCCGCAAUACCUCCGCUAGUCCGCAUUUAAAGAGAAGCAUAGAUGAGUCCCCCACCCCUGUUGUACCCCAGCUGCCCAUGGCUCUGGCACUGGGGCAGCAACAGCAGCAGCUGGCACAAGCUGCCACAUUUGAGCAUCUUAGAGAGAGGUUGGAGCAAGGAGCAGGUGGAGCUGUAGCUGACAGCCCAGAGAAGAAAAUGAUGCGCCUUGCUGAGGAGCAGCAGCGCCUCAUGCAGCAGGCACUCCAACAAAACCUCCUGGCUAUGGCCUCUCACUUUACCCCAAUGAACCUCAAACUUGGCAACGAAAGCAAACACGAUCUGUCGCUGAAUAUCUCCACCAAUGGAGCGGCCAGUAUCAGCGUGUCUGUGGAGGUCAAUGGCACUGUUUACUCAGGAAAACUGUUUGCCCAGAAGUCGGCUGCUUCUGUGUCAUCACAGAAUGUAACUCCAGCAGGAACAAGUGGUUUCAGCGCGUUUUCCUCCGCACAAAGUUCCACCUCCUCGUCUCCCACCUCCUCAAAAGGACCAAAUUAAAAUCACUGGCUUUUUAAUCUGUCCGGAGCAUGAUUACACAGUGCAUCAUACCAUUUACUUCUCUUGUCAGACAAGAACUGGAUGAACUCCACGGAUUCUCUGCCACAACACAGGAAACCUUCUAUUACUUUAAUUGUGUAAUGUCAACAUUUUUGACCUCUAUCCUCAAGCUUAUUUUAAUAUGGUUUCAGUUUAC